UGAUCUAUCAUGUGACCGGUUUUGGGCGCGCGAAAGAAAAAAAACAAAAAAGAAAAGCAAAAUUGGUGUCUGUCUUUUGACAUAGAAAUUCGAAAAGUGUUUGAAUUUGUGCUUUCAACUUUUUCGCUCUUCGGAACAACUUCAGUUUUCAAUCAUAUCAGUAUUGUAUCCACGAUUAGUUGCCUCAAAAUAUUGGUGUUCGAAAGGCUCAGCAAGUCCUCAAAGCUUUAAUACCAGUGCUGAUACCUCAGAGUUACAAAAAUAAAGAUUUCAUUAAUACUUAUCAAAAGUUCAUCAACAGAUCUUGAGCCAAAUUUUAAAUUACAUUCAGACUAUUUAAUCCUCGGUCCAGCAUAAUGUCUGACUCAGAAGAUGAUAUUGUUUUGGCUCGCAGAACCAAGAAACAGCCAUCCCUUGCGGCCAAUGAAAGUGACGAAGAUGAUGUUCCUCUGUCCCAACUAAAGAAAGAGAGUUCUCCUGAUGAUACCUCAAUCUCAUCGAAUAGUCAAAAGAGUGCUUCAAAAAAUUCAAAGGCUUCAAAGCGGAAAACACCAUCAACUUCAUCACAACCAAAGAAAAGGGUAAAGAAGGAAGUCAAAGAUGAAGAAGAGGACGACGAUGAUGAUGAUAAACCAGCUAAAGCACCAGCUAAAAAACCUGUUAAAAAAGAGGAAACUCCAAAUAGUGAUGAACCAGAAGAAGAAACUUAUAAAUGGUGGGAAGACCAAAAGGAUGAUGAUACUUUCAAAUGGGAUACCUUAGAACACCAUGGUGUGAUGUUCCCGCCUCCAUAUGAACCACUUCCAUCACACGUCAAACUUUACUAUGAUGGAAAACCUGUUGAUUUGCCUCCGGAUGCUGAAGAAGUUGCUGGUUUCUAUGCUGCUUUAGUUGAAACUGAUCAUGGUAAAAAUCCCGUUUUCCAAAAGAAUUUCUUCAAUGACUUUUUACAAGUUUUAUCUGAAUCUGGUGGUUGUAAUGUUGACAUCAAAGAAUUCGAGAAAUGUGAUUUCUCCAAGAUGUAUAACUACUUUGAACUUAAAAAGGAAGAGAAAAAGAACGUUCCUGCAUUUGAAAAGAAGAGAAUAAAAUUGGAAAAGGAAAAAGAAGAAGAACCUUACAAAUUCUGUUUGUUAAAUGGUAGAAAAGAACAAGUUGGUAAUUUCAGAGUUGAACCUCCAGGUCUUUUCAGGGGUCGUGGUGCACAUCCAAGAACUGGUAAAUUGAAAAGACGUGUGCAUCCAGAGGAUAUCAUUCUUAAUUUGGGUGAAAAUGCUGCUGUUCCACCUCCUCCAGAAGGCCAUAAUUGGGGUGAAAUCAAACAUGAUAACACUGUUUCUUGGUUAGCAAUGUGGAGGGAAAAUGUUUUAAACUCUGUGAAAUAUGUUAGAUUUGCUGCUAACUCUUCAUUGAAAGGUAUGAGUGAUUACAAAAAGUUUGAAAAAGCUAGAGAAUUGAAGUAUCACAUUGAAGCUAUUAGAAAGGAUUAUCAAUCAAUGCUUCGUGAUAAAUUGAUGUUGAACCGUCAAAUUGCAACUGCUACUUAUUUGAUUGAUAUUUUCGCCCUUAGAGCUGGUGGUGAAAAAUCGGAAGAUGAAGCUGAUACUGUUGGUUGUUGUUCUUUAAGAUACGAACACAUCACUCUGAGUCCCCCAAACACUGUUGUUUUUGAUUUCUUGGGUAAAGAUUCCAUUAGAUUUUAUCAAGAGGUUCAAGUUGACCAUCAAGUGUUCAAAAACUUGAAGUUAUUUAAAAAGGCACCAAAGAAACCUGGUGAUGAGUUAUUUGAUCGUUUAGAUCCAUCCAUUUUGAACAAACGUUUUCAAAAUUAUAUGCCAGGUCUUACUGCUAAAGUUUUCCGUACUUAUAAUGCAUCAAAAACUAUGCAAGAUCAACUUGAUUUGAUUCCUAAUGAAGGUACUCCAGCUGAAAAAGUUGUGAAAUUCAAUGCUGCCAAUAGAACUGUUGCCAUUUUAUGUAACCAUCAAAGGUCUGUUGCUAAAGGUCAUGAAGCAGCUAUUCAAAAAAUUACUGACAGAAUCAAAGAAAUGUUAUGGCAAAAAAUCAGAUUUAAAAGAAUGAUGCUUCAAUUGGAUAAGAAUUUGAAAAAGAAGAAGCCAAAAUAUUUUGAAGAAUUAGAAGACCUCACCAAGGAAGACGAAUUGGAAAUUCACAAAGUCAUCAUUGAAAGGGAGCGUGAUAAACAGCACAAAAAAUUUGCCAGAGAUAAUGAAAAAAGAAAAGAAGACGGUGAAAAAUUGUUACCUGAAUCUGAACUCAAAGAGGCUUUAAAGAAAGUUGAUGAACUUGAAAAAGAAUAUGCCAAAGAAGCCAAAAGUGGUAAGCCUGAAGUUAAACCAGCAAAUACAACAGUUGAGAAAUUAGAAGCACAAGUUGAAAAAUUGGAACAAAGAAUUGCCAAUACCACAUUGCAAUUGAAAGACAAAGAAGAUAACUCAGAGGUUGCUUUGGGGACUUCAAAGAUUAAUUAUAUUGAUCCAAGAUUAUCAGUUGUCUUCUGUAAGAAAUUCGAUGUUCCAAUCGAAAAGAUUUUUACAAAGACAUUGAGAGAUAAAUUCAAAUGGGCUAUCGAAUCAGUCGAUGAAGAUUGGAGAUUCUGA